AUGGGGAGCAUAAGUUUCCAGCCCAAGGUUUACGAGAAAAUCUCACGAUUUCCAUGGUCUUCAAACGACCCGGCGCAUCAAUUUGACGUCCAUAAUCCUGCUACGGGAGAACUAAUCACCAGAGUGCAAGGUGGAGGUGUCAACGAAGUGCAAAAAGCCGUUGCCACCGCUCAAAAGGCCUUUCAAAGCUGGAGAUGGCUUCCCAGACGAGAACGAGCGAUGUACUUGCACCGAGUGGGCGACCAGUUAUCACAACACUUUGAAGAGCUGGCCGAAUUGCUCUCGAGAGAGAACGGCAAACCCAUCAGCCAAGCUCGCGAAGGCGACGUUCCUUUUGUGAUUGGCAUUUUCCACUAUUUUGCGUCUCUGAUUGACAAGUUGCCCGACGAGUUUUACGAUCAGGGAAGCAUCUACGCCUCCGUGUUUCGAGAACCAUACGGCGUUGUGGCCGGCAUCAUCCCAUUCAACUGGCCCCCAAUCCAUGUCGGGGGAAAAUCCGCGCCGGCGUUGGCCAUGGGCAACACAAUAAUCAUCAAACCCGGAGAGCAAGCACCAUUGACAGCAAUGCGAAUAAUCGAGAUUGCUCAGGAAGUCCUGCCAACGGGAGUGAUACAAGCACUUCCAGCGGUCGGCACGGCUGUUCCGCAAGCUCUCGUCACACACCCGGAUGUGCGGAAAGUGUCCUUUACCGGCUCGACAAGGGGAGGAGCGGCUGUCAGCAAGCUCGCGGCAGACUCAAUUACUCCUCUUUCGCUUGAACUCGGUGGAAAGAACGCCAUGAUCAUAUUCGACGAUGCGGAUGUUGAUCUGGCGGUGAGAAAUGCGUUGGAUGGCGGGUUCUUCAAUCAGGGAGAAGCGUGCACAGCCUCCUCCAGGAUUUUAAUACAACACGGCGUUCACGAUGAAUUUGUCAGUAAACUCGGCGCUGCUGUCAAGCGGCUCAAGGUUGGCCACGGUGCCAACGCUGAUACCCACGUAGGACCUUUGGUGACCCAGGUCCAUCAACAGAAAGUCGAAGAAUAUAUCCAGAUUGGCAUCAGCGAGGGCGCAAAGAUAGAGGCACAAGCACCAAAGCCGACGGAUUCGAAGCUGGCCAAGGGCUUCUAUGUUCAGCCUACCUUGUUGACCGGUGUGACUCGGAAUAUGAGAGUGGCAAGGGAAGAGAUAUUCGGGCCUGUGGUCACAGUCAAUGCAUUCUCCACGUACGAGGAAGCCAUUUCGAUCGCAAACGAGGUUGAAUACGGUCUUGUCUGUGCAGUUUUCUCCAAGGAUGUGACGAAGGCGACCAAAGCCGGACGGGAGGUCGAUGCUGGUAUGGUUUUCAUCAACAACUACAACCGUAUGGCUUUAGGGACACCGUUCGGAGGAGCAAAACAUUCCGGCUAUGGCAGAGAGCACUGUAUUGAGACUCUUCAUGAGUACAGUCGCCCAAAGAAUAUGAGGGUACCUUCGGGCAUUGGGCCGGUGGCCGGGUGGUCAAAAGUCACUGAGCUUCUCGAGAAUUGUAAGCUUUGA